AAGCUCUAUUUCAUGGUAAUGCAUGUGAGUUUGUGCUCUGAAUUUUUGUUUCACUUUUCGAAGGUGACGUGUAUUUGUUGUUCAUAUUCCGUCUGGUUGCAUUUGCUCCGGUUUCGUUGGCUCUCGUCUUGUGGCAUGCAUACGAACAUUUAUUCGUGAUUUCAUCGUUUUAUCAUUGACGAUAUCUUCUACCACUCGAAAAAUGUUAAAACAUACAAGUAUCUUUUUCAUCUUUUUAUGCAUUCUCCAGUUUGGGACCAGUCUAUAUUUUCAUAUCGGUGAAACUGAGCGGAAAUGUUUCAUUGAAGAAAUACCUGAUGAUACUACAGUUUUAGUUAAUUAUAAAGUGGAGCUUUAUGAUCCAAGAAGUGGAGGUUUCAUGCCAAGUAGUCCUGGCAUUGGUAUGCAUGUUGAAAUAAAGGAUCCUGAUGACAAACCUAUUCUCUCUCGAGUUUAUAGUUCUGAAGGUCGAAUUUCUUUUACCUCGCAUACUCCGGGAGAACAUGUGAUCUGCUUGUAUUCCAACAGUACUGCCUGGUUCAGUGGUACUCAAUUGAGAGUGCAUCUAGAUAUUCAAGUAGGAGAACAUGCAAUUGAUUAUGCCAAUGUAGCACAAAAGGAAAAAUUAUCAGAACUCCAACUUAGAAUACGUCAGCUUUUAGAUCAAGUUGGGCAAAUAACCAAGGAGCAAAAUUACCAGAGGUACCGAGAAGAACGCUUUAGGCAAACAUCAGAAAGUACUCAUCGCAGGGUGUUUUGGUGGUCUCUCACUCAGACAAUAGUUGUUCUAAUUAUGGGUGCAUGGCAAAUGAAACAUCUCAAGAGUUUCUUUGAGGCAAAAAAAUUAGUUUAACUGUCAUGAUAAAAUCUACAUGAUUUUAAUAAGGACAGUAUCAUUUGUAUGUUUAAAUUACAUUUAUAGCUUUAGGCAAUUUCCAUUAUAAUAUUUGAGCAAAGUGCUUAUUUCAUAUCAACAUAUUUGUAUGAAAUUGUCGGUUAUUUUCUAGAGUAAAUUAUAUGAUUAUACAAUUGCAUAAUAUGUAGUAAGUUAAAAGAAUAAAAUAAGUAUCUUAAAUAAAAUAUUUACUUAUUUUUUUAA